AUGUACUUAGAUAAUAGAUUUCUUUUCGUCUAUCCAAAAGUACAUGUAUUAAGCUAAGUUAUCUUAUUAAUAAAUAUCAGAUUAUAAAACCCUCAUUAUCAGAUGAUCAAGAUUAUUUAGAUAACAUUAUUUCAGUGCCAUUUAGUGCUUAAAUCAUGCUUUAUGAAAUAAUUAAAAUGUUUCCAAAAUUUCUUGUAAAUUUUUUAAUUUUAAUUAUAGGAAAUAAUUAAAUAAAUUAAGAAAGAUAAUCUAUUAAUUUUUGGAAAAUACUAUAAGAAUUAGAAAUUUGAUUUAAGAAUAGGAUUAGAAGAUAUUGAAAAAUUAGAAUGUAUAUAAAUAAAUAAUUGAAAAUAACAUCAAAGAACUCUUUAAUUAGUAAUAGCCAUCUCCUAAACAUUUAAUACUAGAAUAAAGAAUUUAUUUUGUUAAAUUUCUAUUGUUUGAUAAACUUAGAAAAAAUUGA